GGACCCCUCGGCUUUCCGUCGCUCUUUCCGGCUCACCUCGAGUAUCCUAGAGAUAGAAAAGGAUAGAGUCAAGAGUAGAUCGACACUUCUCUCUUUCCUUUUGCCGGAAGUCGGGCGAGCCACUUUACACGGCCGUAUCUCUAGGGCGUCCCGAGGCUGCCACGCCCCCUUCUCCUUCCCAGAGCGGUUCAAGCGAGAGCGGGAGGGCAGAGUCGCUCUCACUCGAGAGGCGCGCGGGGCAGAGCGCGCAGUGACCAUGUCCGACUCCAGCAGCGACCGCGGCAACGCACCUCGGCGCUCCCGAAGCCAGCAGCUCGGCUCCCCCGACGGCACUCCUCGACGCCGGACGCCUCGGGAGCCCCGGGACCGAACGGGCGACGGGGAUGGCGGCGGGCGAGGCAGCGAAGAAGACGACGGGGCGGCCGGAGGAGCAGCAGGAGCGGAGGGCGCCUUGCCGGGGCCGUCGGGCAGCAGCGACGGCGACGCUGCGGAAGACGUGACACGGCGGCGGCUGAUCCGGCAGCAGUACCGGGAGCUCAUCUCCUCCGUGCAGCAGAAUCGUGAAAUGAUGCUGAGCACCAGAAAUGAUAAACUGACAGAGGCUUUGGAAGAUGCGAAUAAACUAUUUUCAGGAGUGUCCCGGGCAAGGGAGGCUGCUUUGGAUGCUCAGUUCCUAGUUUUGGCAUCAAAUCUAGGAAAGGAAAAAGCAAGCCAGUUGAACUCGGAGUUGUCAGUGUUUGAUCCAUCUGAGUAUGCUGAAGAUUUAUUAACAUUUAUGGGUUUAAAUCGCCUGGAAGGAGAAAAUAGCAAUAGCGAAGAUGAGCAGACUGAUGGUGGAUUUUUGCCUAGUGAUGCUUGGCUUAAACUAGGUCAAGAAGCAAUGAAGUAUUUUAGAAGAGCACCCGUUUUCCACUGCAUGUUGGGCACUUUUACUGCUGAUCCUCCUGUUGAGAGGCCGCGAGUUGAGAGGCAACGAAAGAAGCCAGGAUCAAAAGAAGAAGGAAGGGCAAUGCCUGCACAGUUGAAUAAAAUGGAAGAAUCUCACGAGGAAGCUACAGAAAAAGAAGUAGAGAGGAUCUUGGGACUCUUACAAGCCUAUCACAGAGAAGAUCCUAAUAAUCCAAUAUCCUUCCUUGAGUUUGUGACUGAUCCAGAUUCUUUUGCACGAACUGUGGAAAACAUGUUUCACGUUUCAUUCUUAAUAAGGGAUGGACUUGCAGGAAUAAAACUGGAUCAGGAUAAGCUUCCUGUAAUAGAGCCUUUAACGCCUGAAGAAGACAAUGACCAGGAUGCUCAAGCACGGAAACAAGCAGUCAUAACGAUGAGUUACCAAGAAUGGGAGAAUAUUGUGAGGAAUUUUGAGAUUUCAGAGCCCAUGAUUCCACCUGCCAGUAAGACUCGGACAUCAGAUGGACACAGAGAGAAUGCACCCUAAGGCUCUAUAAGAAGACAGUGCUGACCAGUUUCCUGUUUGAAGUUUUGCCAGGAGGAUGGCAGAAUCCUUUUCUAUUUCAGGAUCGGAUAUUUGAAUAGGAGAAUCUCUGUCUCUCCAGGUGAUAAUGUAUUAUAUAUGUGCUUUAACAGCAAAAGAGUUUGAAAUUAAAGGUUCUGACCUUCUGUAUGUCUGUUCUGUAAGUAAUGUUUUUACAUAUUUCAACUUCAUUCCCUUGAAGAUUUAGAAUGACUCCACCCCAGCUCUUUUUGAGGGAUGGUUCCAUUGUACAGUGGUACCUCGCAAUACAAAUGUAAUUCGUUCCACAAGUCAAUUCAUUUUGCGAAAAAUUCGUCUUGCGAAUCGCGGUUUCCCAUAGGAAUGCAUUGAAAUUUCUUUUUUUGCCCGUAGGAAUGCAUUAAUUAAAUUUCAAUGCAUUCUUAUGGGAAACCACGAUUCGCAAGACGAAUUUUUCGCAAGACGAAUUCGUCUUGCGAAUCACCAUCAGAUUACAAGAUGCAUUCGUCUUGCAAAAAAUUCAUCUUGCAGGACAUUCAUCUUGCGAGGUACCACUGUAAUCUGCACAGUGUUGAGUACAUGUUAAUUGCAAAUGAGCUCUUCUGCCUUUGGUAUAAAUCAAAGAGAUUGGUGUUUGCUUAGCCACAUCAAAUUUUUAAUUCCAUCACCUGUAUAUGAUGAUGGGGAGAGGUGGGAAAGAGUUUAGAAAUGGAAAGCUAAGAAGAGAGCAUGAUACAUGUAUCUUUCUGCAUGAUAGAACCUCCACAGCUAGCUGAAUGAGUGCAUCAAGGUCUGUUUCAAUUGAAACUGCUUCAAUUGCAAGUUUCCUGUACAUCUCAAAAUAGAUAUACAUAUGCAUUUGUAUUGUGCUCUAUGAAGGCUACUUCUGGUGAAGGGAAGAAGGAAGUGGCAUGUCCGAGAAACAACUCUGGUGGGGAUAUUGUUAUUUUUCUAAUGGCAGAGUUUGCAUGUAACACAAAGCUCAAACUAUGGUUUGAACAAGCAAGCAUACAGGUGUGCAUUCAGAAAAUGGUGGCUGCUUUGCUCAUUCCCUGAUCACAAGGCUGCCAUGCUACUUGAAGCUAAGCCGUGGUCUGACUUAGCAUUAUGUUGGAGCCUUGGCUCGUGGUUUGCUUCUCUUCAAGCAAACCAUGAACCAGUAAGCCAAGAACAAGCCUUGGUUACAGCUUGUGGAGUGAAACAAGCAUGGUUUUCUAAACUUGCACCAAUGUAACUGAUAGUUUAUAAGCCAAAUUAUGACAUGCAAACAAAGCCAUAGAAUGUAAUAAAAUGGAAGUUUGUUUUGAUUUUUUUUGUAUGUUACAUAACCCUAUUGUAGUGUAACUUAGUUGUUUUUCAGCCUAUAGAAGCCUCCCUUUCACAUGCAUACAGCUACUCAUACUUGUAGACAAAUGUGCCUUAAAGUCUAAAAGAAUAAAGAAGAUCCAAUUACUGCAUUUGGAUCAUCGGUUUUGGGGUAACCAUGUAUUCCUGGGGCUGCCUUGUUUUAUGGGCCACAGAACUUGCUGUCUUUUUAAAGAACUUGUUGGUUUCAGGUACAUGAAAAUCCAAAGCAAAGUGAUACUUCAAGAUUAUAUGAAAGGGAACAACAUACACAGGCAUAGAUGUAAAACCAAAUUGUACUAUAUAUAAGAUUUGAAUUUAUACAAUAUUUUUCUACAAACCGUGCUGAAAAUAAUGAUACAACAGCCAUAACAGUUCGUUCAGAAACACAGAAAUAUAUUGGCAAGCAUUGUUUAUAAAUUGUACUGUUCAGUUUCCUUAUGUUAAGAAUAUUCAAUAAAACCACGAAUGCUGUAUCAUUUCUAGUUAUGUGUGUGUACUUUUUCCAGUUAUAUCAGUUGCCACGUGCUAACUCUCAUGCUGUUGAGGUGAUAGUAAUGUUAAUUGCAACCUAGCUUUAAUACCAACAUUAUAGUAGUUAUAUAGACCAAUGUACCAAGUAGCAACUUGUGUUCAUGAAUAUGAAAGGAUAGUCAUCUCUAACCAUUAGCAUGUGGUAGGUGGAGAAUUAUAUAACUUCUGUGGAUUUCUCUGUGCAGGAGCUUCGCAAAAUUCUUACUUGGUUUGUUGUAUGUGUAGUGGGCCAGGGGGAA